UAUUAAAUGAGCAGAACGAAUUUGGGAAGUCCUUCCUAUUACUUUUCAUCAUCAGCUCCAAAGCUAGAAAAUUUUUAGCAGAGUCCCAAAAAGGAAUUUUUUGAUGCUUCUCGCUAAUUAGAAAAGGCAAAAAGAAGAGUCUAACUACUAAAGUUAGAGAAUGAAAUAAGGUAUCAUUAAAAUAUGAUAUUCGUUAAUUAGAGAGAAGAAAGCUUAAAUAUAAUAGCAGAAGAGUGAACAACUAACCCGAAUUCGCGAAGAUCAUGAAUAAUUUAAGGAAUUUGUAUAUGAAUUACAUAAAUAUAGAAAUAAAUGCAUAGAGAAUAAGUAAAUGUUUAGAUAUAGAAUUUGGUAUCUCGAACACGCAACUUGAAACGACAAUAGUCACAAGAGAAAAUUUAUAUCUAAUAAAACUUCCUUCAAAUGAAAUAAUAGGAAGUCAAGAAUAUAAAGGAGCAAUCUCAAAAAAAUGAAUAGCUUAUUAGAUAGAAUCUCGACAACCUUAAAUAAUAAAAAUAUGAGCAAAAACAAUAGAUUCUCACUCAAGAACAGUUAGCUUAAUAAAGCAUCAGCAAUUUUCACAAAUAAAGAUAUCUUAAGCAUUAACAGGAUCAUUAUCACUCGAAAUCUUAACACAUGAUUGAAGCCGAAAACAAACUAAGCAUAAUUGAAGAGCUAAGAAAACAAGAAGCUUAAUUGUUAUAAAAACUAGAAACUACAGUAAUAUACAAAUGUAUUUUAGUCUAAAAUGAACACAAGUCUAGUUGCUCGAUAAAUGUCAACAACAACUCCUAAAACAGAAUUCAAUAAUUGAG